AUGGUGAUGAGGGGAAUGAAUAAGGGCAAGAAUAAACGGCAGAGGAAAGAGGACAACAGUCGCCAUUUCCUAGCGCCCAGAGGCCGACUUCCUCGAGGGUCAUCGUAUACAGAUCUAUCUCUCCAAAGUGUGACAGCCACGAGUCGCAGUCUUGUUCUCGAUUUGGGCAAGGCGAUCUUCCAGUUUCAGUUCUUAACCCACACGAACAUCCAGUUCUACACCCCCGAAAACUGGGAGGCCGUGAAGGAGACUCCAAGAUUCAAGUAUGGGACCUCGUCCGAACAGCGAAUGAUCACCUUUCAUGUUGCCAUUGCGUUCGACUUUGGGGAUUUCGUCCUCUCUUUCAAUAGUCACGAUCUUGUCUUCUUGCCGACAUGGACGACUGUUGCAGAUGCGGCGGCCGGCAAGCUGAACCAUACCGAUACACUCGACAUGGUCAAUGACUUCGAUGGAUACCUUGAGCACAUUGCGGAUUGGCUAUCGACUGUGUAUCCGCUCCUGCCCGACCGCACCAAGGAAAAAAGUAUGUAUAAGUUCAUGCGCGACGAGGCCACACUGUUCUCUGGGAUUGGCGUGUAUUCGAGAUCCGAGAUCUUCAUCCGGAGCGGUGUGUCGCCCGAGAUGACUUUGUGUGAGGUUGUCGAGAAUAGAAGCCGCUUUUACAGGAUCAUCCUGUCGACACUCGAAUUCAAGCUAUUGGUCGACAGACUGUGGCUCGAUUUCGUCCUUCCUGUCAUCCGCAAUGAUCUGGUAGCACCGACGGAUGAUGAACGGGGUCGGUUCACAGCGAGCUUGCUCUGUCAUGCGCAGGACGUGGUCAAAGCGCCCGAGCGGUUUCGUGCGGCGGUCGAGCGCUACAAUAAGGAGCUGGAGGUUGUGCCAUCUCUUGAUACUGGCGAGUCAUCAUCUAUCGAGAGCUCAUCUUCUUUGGGCAAGGGAGAUCUGAGUGAAGUCGAAGAAGAGGAAGUCUUUCAAGAUAUCGAAGAGGUCGACGUGCACGCAUCCGAUUUCUCCAGUUACGAUCCUGUUGAGCCCAUGUUCUUUGUUAACGCUCUACGUCUGGCCCCCGAGUUCGGUCCCGCCAUCUUCGGGGUCGAAUAUUGGGCUCUCCAUCUCCAGGAGCUGGGCCCUUGCACAACUCGAGAUCACAAUCCGGUGGUUAACGCUGACAUUCAGAGCGGUGCAUUCUACUCUGGAUCUCAUGUUAUUGACACGAGUCGACUUGAUACUCUUGUUCUCCCGACGCAUCUCAUGAAAAAGGCGCACAUUCCCAAUGGUUUGUACAACUUUACCGACUCUGACAAGAUCUGGACGCCGCUUACGAUCCUUAGUGGCUGGCCCAAGAAGAACAUCAAGGCGUUCUUUUUCAAAACCAUUGUGCGCACGAAAAAUAUCGUGGUCAUUGGCAUCCUCGAGUUCUCGGGAAAUGCGGUCGCCAUUCGUAGAGCAGGCCCUGUCAAGCGCAAGAAUCAGUACCUUGCCAUUCCCUCGCGCGGUGUCAUUCCGUCACCCGAAUACAUUGGAUACUCUACUGCUGAGCGUAACUUGAUCUCCUCGAUAAAGAAGGUUGAUGCAAAGUACAUCGCGAAGGGCGAUGGCGAUGCAAAGGGUAAGGGCAGGGCUAAGGUGUCACUUGCCAGGGAAGCCCUCCGGGUCAGACAGUCUGCGAAGCAGGCCUUCCAGGAGAUGUGGGUCGACAGGUUUGGCUGGGACAGUGUUCCCAAUCACAACGACGAACUCAGCGAGCUAUCGAGUUCUGCUCCAGGCUCCCCUCCUGCAACAGAUACAGAUAUCGAAAGCGCAGAUGUCUCUCGUGCGGCGACACCCCCUCCUGAUCAAGAACCCUCCUCCUCUGCUCGUGGACAUAAACGCAUCCGCUCUGACCAAGCGCUCAUCCGCGAUACAACUGCAGUCUUGGAGGAGAAUACGAAACGCGCACGGAGGGAUCGGGGAAUUGGGAUGAUUAGGAGUGUACAUCCGCUUGAUGAUAUUUUGAAGGAUCUCAAAUAG